AUGACUCACUGUUUGAUCGAAAAUUUGACGAAACAUUUGAAGGAAAUACGCGAAGGUAGCGUUGUUAUCGAUGAAUGGUUUGAAAGAGCAAAACAAAUACAAAGUGAAUUUUGUCUGGAUUCAAUUGCACUCGAUAGCAUGGCGACUCAACAACGGCCAUUUCGUAUUCGUACUGAAGUGGAAGAAGAUUUGAGUGGAGAGGAUAAACAACAAUUUAAAACCUCUUUUGUUUAUCCCAUUCUGGAUGUAGCUCUGUCCAAGUUAGAAGAGCGCUUCGAACAUUUGACUGAAUUGGAAAAUACUUAUGGAUUUUUGUUUGAUUUGCACAAUAAAGUUAAUUCAUUAAAUCAAUGUAAACGACUCGAAGAAGCAUUGACUUCAGCACAAGACGGAAGCAAAGAUCUGGACGGUACUCAACUCUUUGAUGAAAUCAAAUCAUUCCAAGCACUGAUUGAUGAUGAUGGGGGAAAAACACCUUUGGAAUCUCUCAAUAAAAUCUAUGAACUUGGUUUGGAGCCAAUCUACUCGUGA